AAGCGGAAUCUGGUGUGGCUGUGUUGCAAAGAAUAAGGAACAGAGCAUGAGAGAGAGGUAGGUCCAGCUGAAGUGAUUCCUAUCAACAAUGACAAUUUAUCUACUUUUGUGCUUUUCUUUUGUGACUUGGCUGAUUCCUUGGCACGGUACUCGUUUUAUUCCAUUUUACUUGCCGUUGGUUAAAUUCUUUUCCUUUACCUUUGUAUAUGCUUAUUCUUUGGUCACCUUCACGUCUUCCUCUUUCAGGUAUAUAAUAUAUUCAUAUUCAUGAACGAAAGAAAGGAAGAAACUGAAAUUUUGAAGAAACUGAAAUUUUCUUUUCUUUUCCUUUCCUUGGCACGUUGACAUCAGAUUAAGAUAUGGCAGCAGAAGAAGAGCCCAGCUCUCUGCAGUAUUCACCAACCUGGGUGGUUGCUGGUGUCUGUUUUCUCAUUGUUUUCAUAUCUCUUAUUGUUGAACGAGGUCUUCAUCGCCUUGGGAAGUGGUUGAAGCAUAAAAAACAAGACGCACUUCUUGAAGCAUUACAAAAGUUAAAAGAUGAACUGAUGCUAUUAGGAUUCAUUUCCCUUCUAUUGACUGUCUUUCAAGGUCUAGUAAGUCAAAUGUGCAUCCCACCUUACGUUGUAUCCAGUAUGCUUCCAUGCAAGAGGAAUAAUGAAAGCAAAACUCAUGAAGAAUAUUCUCCUCAAGCUAUAAAAAAUAGACGGCGCCUUUUUUCCACAGAGAGUAGCUCAGAGCAUUGUUCGCAUGAGGGGAAGGUCCCCUUAAUGUCAUUGGAAGCAUUGCAUCAUCUCCACAUUUUCAUCUUUGUAUUGGCAGUUGUUCACGUGAUAUUCUGCGUCAUUACAAUGGGUCUUGGAGGAGCAAGGAUACGGCAAUGGAAGCAUUGGGAAAGGACUUUUAAAGACAAAAAAGAAGACCAUACCCGUCAUCGCCAUGCGUUUUUUGCACAUGCACAAGGAUAUUGGAGGAAGGCAGAUGUUGUGAGCUGGACUAUGUCAUUCUUCAAACAGUUUUAUGGCUCUAUAACAAAGUCCGACUAUAUAGCACUUCGAGAAGGGUUUAUCAUGACACAUUGCCCAGCCAACCGCGAAUUUGAUUUUCACAAUUACAUGAUGCGUACACUUGAACUGGACUUCAAAAAGGUUGUUGGCAUAAGCUGGUACUUGUGGCUAUUUGUGGUGGUGUUUUUGCUAUUGAAUGUAGAAGGAUGGCAUACGUAUUUUUGGUUAUCGUUUCUCCCUGUUGUUCUUCUACUUCUUGUGGGCGCCAAGUUAGAGCACAUAAUUAUUCUCUUAGCUCAGGAUAUGGGUGAGAUGAAGGAACGAGGCGAAGCAGCACGAGUUAGACCUUCCGAUGAACACUUUUGGCUUAAGAACCCUGGCAUCGUUCUUCACUUGAUUCACUUUAUUCUGUUUCAAAAUGCAUUUGAGAUUGCUUUCUUCUUCUGGAUCUUGUGCACAUACGGGUUCAAAUCAUGCAUCAUGGAACGAAUGGGCUAUAUCAUCCCUAGACUUAUAAUGGGUGUAAUGGUUCAAGUUCUCUGCAGUUACAUCACCUUGCCAUUGUAUGCUCUCGUCACACAGAUGGGCAGCAAAUUCAAGCAAGGCUUCUUUAAUGAGUUUGUGCAAGAGCGUUUGGGCUAUUGGCUUGACAGAACAAGAGGUCAAGAAGCAAGACAAAUUGAUAGGAUGGUGAAAGAACCAUAUCAAAGCAUACAAAUCGGAGAACAAGAGACGAUAAGUACCGCGGGAGAAACCAGAAAAUCAAUGAUGGAGCUGUCGUAUGUACUACACCAAUCCCAUGAACCAUCAACUUAAGUCACUCGCAGCAAGUACUGCGUUUCCUUCCUUUUCUUU